AUGUUCCAUUUGCUUCACUGUUGCCUGAAAGCAACACAUAAGCAGGACUCAAGAUGGUCAUUAGUUGUUUGCAUUUCUGCAACUUUUACACAAAUCAUAAACAUGGGCAUCUUACGUAGCUCUGGAGUCUUGUUUCCAGUGUUAAUGCAAGAGUUUGGAACAACUCGCGAGAGAACAGGCAAGUUGAAGAUCAAUAGUAUUUGACGUCACAGAAAUAAUAAUAAUAAUAAUUAACAAUGAUGUAUUUACAGUAUAUCCAAAAACUAAUGCCUGCAUAGUGAUGUCUGCAAAGCAGCACUGAUAUCCUUGUUGUAGGCCCCAAUGAGAAAAUUGACAAUGGCCCUUUUUUUUAAUUAAGAGGGUAAUCAUGGCAUGUUCUCAAACCAGGAGUUUAGUUCCAUCUGUGGUGCAGGCCACAGAUCAGAAACAAACUACAAAAAUUAAUAUUAUGACAAAAGUUUCAGGAUGUUGUCAUUAACUCCAAUGCUUAAACCCAAUGUAAAGACAUGGUGGCAAAUCCUUAAAAGGACCUCAAACUCUGGAUCCGUAGAUCUGAAUGUAAGACAUGCUGUCAUGUUGCUUCCAUUGGCAAAAAGUAACUUUGUCCCACUUUGACUGUCUUCACAAAUUUGUAUUAAAAUAAGUUCGUAGGAUUAAUUCUUCUUUGCAUUGCUAGCUUAUGGGAGCUUAGAAAAUAGGAACAGGAAGAUAAAAAUAAUUAUUUUAACCCUUGCCUGUGUGUCUGCAGUCAUUAACAAUGGAAUGGCAUGCUCUUACUGGAAUAAGACUAAUAAAUUAAGUUUGUUUGAAACUUCAAACAGGAUUUUGCUAAGCCUGCAGUCAUCAGUAGCGCUGUACAUAUUGUGAGAGCUUUUGACUGUGUCAUAUUUUUUAGAAACUUAAUUUAUAACUGAGCAUGAUUUUCUCACGAUUUUCGUUGCAGCAUGGGUGAGUUCUCUUGCCUUAUCAAUGUCACUGUUGGCAGCACCAUUGUUAGGACACCUUAUUGAAAAGUUUGGAUGUCGACUGGUUGCCAUCACUGGAGCGCUGACUAUUAUGAUGGGGCUUGUAACCUCAUCAUUUGUACAAAACUUGGAAUUGUUAUACUUCACCUACGGUGCUCUUACGGGAUUGGGCGCUUGUGCUUGUCGCACCUCAGCAUUUCUUGUAGUUGCUAUGUACUUUAACAAAAAGCGCUCUUUUGCUACGGGGGGUGUUACAAUGGGGCCUUCAUUAGGAAUGUUUAUGUGGGGCCCUAUUGCACAGGUUCUUCUUGAUUCAGUUGGUUGGAGAAAUACUUUUAGGAUCAUGGCAGCAUGCUGCUGUCUGAUUAUUAUUGCUGCUGUAACUUAUAAUCCUAAUGUGGAAGAGAAAGACAAAAUAUUAGAGAAAGUUGAAAGUGGAAAGGAAAAACGUGAACUAGACAAUAAGGUACACAGUGCAAUGCUUCAAACCAAGAAGGAAAAAGGAAAAAUUGUUGAUUUAUCCGUGUUCAUGAUACCUCAGUACUGUAUACUGGUGGCGUCAUUUACAUUGAUGUUCCUGUGUCGUUUUAUUCCUAAUAUUCAUUUGGUAAGUCAUAUUCAUUGUUACUUUAUGGUAUUAUACCAUAUAAUGACAAAGGUAGUACUCAGAUACUCCCUUAGCUUCCCAACAGAGUGUACCAGUUUCAUAAAGUAUUUUUGAUGUAAUAUCAAGGCUGGAUGAUAUGCCGUGUUUCAUCACCAGAUGAGUUUGAGAAGUUCUCUUUGCAACCACUCUAUUAAGUUACCAGCUUUAGUUAUGACCAGCAUGUGAAACCCCAGUUAACCUCAAUGGCUUGAGUUCUGUAAUGGAAAGCUGUCGUAACUGACUGUAGAAAUUACUUUUUGUUGAAUGAAAGCAUUUCUUAACUUCUUGAUCAAAUUUAGGGUUCCAUAAUACAUAUUAGCACUAACUAGUGUUUCGUUAACUUUGCAAAAUAAAUUAAUAAAAUGAGAUCUUUUUGAUAUUAUUUUACCUGUCAUAAAUGUAUGGUAAACAAAUGCCAUAAGCUUUUGCUGAAAGCCCUUGCAAGUGACCAGCCUCAGUACGUUUAUCUUCUGGUCACUUAAGAAAGCCCGUGAUCAGCUGUGUAGUUGGGACCACUAUUGGAUCCCCGAGGCAGUCACUUACAAUAGGGAGCUUUCAUUGAAAGUAUAUUCAAUCAAGUCCCAUGACUGAACUGCAACAUGCAUGCAAUGCAAGUAUGAUAAAGGGUGUAAAUGGUAACUUUUUUUGGCUCUAAUAAUAGUAAUAUUAUAUUUCAGUCCCAAAGCAGUUAAUUUUAAAUUUGUUUGACAAAUCCUCCAGUCUGUAUUUGAUGUGUCUGGACCCAUCCGAUCCAACUUCCAUAUUCCAAUCCACCCAUUAAGUAUAGACACACGAUUUUGUCAUUCUUUUUUCUGUUCCCUUAACAGUAUGUUAAAAGUUCUAUGUUUUUCCUAAAUCUGUUGUUUUUCAGGUUAAGUACAGUGAAGAACUUAACGUCACAGCCGAGAAAGCAUCCAAGUAUUACAUGUUUUUAGGCUUAUCAUCUGCAGUAGGGAGACUAUUAUCUGGAAGACUGUGUGAUGUCAAAUGCAUCAACAUACAAUAUGUAAACCAACUGGCAAUUGCAAUUACGGGCAUGGCUACUGUGCUACUACCACUGGCCAGAACUUUUGUUUCUGUUGCAUUUUACACUGUGGUUUUUGGGUUUGCUGAUGGAACAUUUAUGACAACACAAAAUGUAAUUCUUCUUAGUAUUGUUGGUCCUGAAAGAAGAGCAACAGCCUUUGGUUUUGGAAAUAUGUUGUGUGCUUUUGCAGUGGCAUCUGGUCCCCCUUUAGCUGGUGAGUGAUUACCCCAGGGGGAACCUCCAGGGGUAUAGAGAGAAAAGCGCAAAUACAGUGGUAAAUACCAACAGCCACAUGGCUUCCUCCUCAAGAGACGCGAAAUGACAGGUUUUGAAAUUCAGACUAGGGGCAUAUGUAACCCCCGCCCCCGCCUAAGAGGACCUCAUUGAAGUGUCAAUGUAUAUUGAGCACAAAAGUACUAAUUGAGGACAAACCUUUUUUACGUGGUCAUCCACGCCAUGCAAAGGUCCACUAAUUUGCAGCGCAAAGGUAGUACCUUCAUUUCUCAGUUAAUCGGGGAAUUGAACCUACAACCUCAAGUCAAGCACUCUACUGACUGAGCUAAUCCUCCUGAAGUAAGGGUAUUGAACCUUAGGUUGGCUGCAAAGUAGCAAUCUAAGACUUCUAUACUUUUUUUCACCAGGGCUUAUAGCAGAUAAACUAGGCUCAUAUCAGUUUGCCUUCUAUGCAGCUGGAUCAUUGAUUCUCAUCAGUGGAGCUGUACAGUUUCUUCUUCUUUGCUUCAAGUCAACUGCUAAAGGUAAACAAACACAAAGGCAGCUUGUAACCAUGGUAACUUCAGAGAAGCUUGGGAACAUGACGGGCGAGUGCACAGAUAAUAAGGAAUAUUUAGCAAGUCUUUAUGUGCAGUCUGCACUAGAAAAAAACAAUGGAAAGACUCCUUUAGUUCAAGCUUUUAAUUAG